UCCCAAGUCUCGAGAUCAACACGCUCGACUUCCGUCAACCCCCCCGGAUCCCUCCAUCCAGUGCCGGCUUGUCCAUCGACAAAGCCAAUCUGCCACCGCCAUCGUCGUCGCCAUCGCCACCGCUGCCCUGUGUUAUCCCAACUCCAGCGACCUCGUCGUGACCAUCCGCUUCACCGCCAAGCUCUCUCGUUUGUCCUGCAAAGCCUCAGCCCUGUCUCAGCCAGUCGACUCUGCGUCGUCCUCAAUCCAGCCACUUCCUCCUACCACUUAGCCAGUCCCGGCCAAACCUGUCCAGCGCUCUCCCGAAUCGUCCAUGUUCAACGACUCUUCCUUCUCGUUCUCCUUCAUCCCGUCCUUCUCGUCAGUGCCCUCUGCGGCCGAUGAGGAGAUCCAGAAGCUGGCCGAGUUCCUGCUAGCUUCGAAUCCCUCGCUGUUGUCGUCGGUGCCGCUCCAGACCAUCGAUUCUACGCCGCCCGUCAACCCAGACUACAGCCUGGAAGCGCUACUCUCGCCCCCGAUCAGUGUCUAUCCCAUGAUCAGCAACCUUCCCGUCACCUCUGUCGGUGGCACUGGCCCCGGCCUCGAUCCCAGCUUCGAUAUCUUUGGCACUCUGCCUCCCUCGCCACCGUCCUCGUUGUCGACGGCGUCCCCGCCAUCGCAGAGCGCCGCAUCGCUGCCGUCGUCCUCGCCCGAUCUGCCGAUGGGCGACAUCGGUGCUGACCAGGGUCAGUCGGGAUCUCCACGAGCGGCCGAGUCAAGCACCUCCGGAUCCCCUCCCCCCUCCUCGGCGGGCCCAAGCGCCGGCGCAACCAGUCGUAAGCGCAAGCUCACGGUCGAGGAGAAAGAGGAGAAAUCCAAGCAACGAGCCCUGAAGAACCGACUCGCAGCCCAGGAAUCUCGCGAUAAAAAGAAACAAUACAUCCAGGAUCUCGAAGACGACAAUGCCUCGCUCAAGCAGCAGAAGGAUCAGCUCCUCGAGAGAGUCCAGACCCUCGAGGAGCUGAACCAGUCGCUCACCCACAAGAUGGACACCCUGAUCCAGCACUUCUCGGUCUUCCAAAAGGCCAUGAUUCUGCCUGCGCCGACGCCCGAUCCUUCGCCUGCUCCUUCGUUUUUCCCCGACUUUGACUUUUCUGCCAUCCUCAAGUCCACGCCAUCGUCCUAUCCUGCGUCGACCACCACCAGUCUCUCCAAGGGCCUCCUCAGUCGUGCAUCGUCAACCACCGCCUCUGCUAUUCUCGAGCCCAUCUCUCGUGGACCUCAUCCUCUGGUAUCGCUUCUGGCCGUCUCGUGGGUCAACUCUUUUGUCUAUCACAAGUUUGCACCAAACAAGCCUGCGACCAUCCUCCAAGCGGCAGCACGACAGCUGCCCAGCCCACGGAGCUUUUACACCCUGCCUGCUUCGCGCGGCUCUGUGGGUCUGGCUGGCCUCUUCCCGAAUCUGAAAUCGUUCUUCGACCUGUCGCUGAAUCAAAAGAAGUCGAGCUACCCGAUCCAACGGCUGUUUUCAUGAGCGAGUCCUUGGUUGUUGGAUCUGCAUCGCUCAUCCCCUCUGUCCCAUCCUGUACACGCUUCUUUGUUUCUGCUUUGAUAUUUUAGAUUUUUUCGUUCGUCCA